CAGAACUGGAACUUAACUGGAACUUGUCUUGUCUUUUCCAGGUCUCCAGACAUAUGACUGGACUGAUCAAAAAGGCCAGACGAACUCCUUCCUCCUGCUCCCAAAUCCCUUCAUUGGUUUUUCCUCUUCUGUUUUAUUUUUCCACCAAUUUCUCUACUCGUCCGCCAUUCGGAUUCCCACCAACAUUGCCCUGACCAGGUUCUUAAGCUGCUUACCGCCCAACUAAAUAUUCCAACCAAGAGAACAAGGGAAGAAGCCCCCCCCGACUCACACCGUCAACUGAACUGUCCGUUCCAACUACUACUUCAACUUCAACAUCACACCACCUUGUGUGUGAUCGACAACUCCAAACAACCCUCGACGACAAUCGAUAAAUACUACCUAAUCCACCAUGCAUCGAACCUACUCCAUGCGCGCCUCCAGGGCGCCAACCGCCUCCCAGAUCCAGAACCCCCCUCCACCGCCAUCAUCCACAAAGUCGGGACGUCUCUUUGGUCGCGGCGGAAUUGGAGGGCUAGGCCAUGCUCUACGACGCAACGCCGCCGGCGCCUUUGGGCCCGAUCUCGCCAAGAAGCUCUCCCAGCUGGUCAAGAUGGAGAAGAACGUGAUGCGCAGUCUGGAGAUGGUGGCCAAGGAGCGCAUGGAGGUCGCCCAACAGUUGUCGCUCUGGGGCGAGGCCUGCGAUGAGGAUGUGUCCGAUGUCACAGACAAGCUGGGCGUGUUGCUCUACGAAAUCGGCGAACUCGAAGAUCAGUACGUCGAUCGCUACGACCAGUACCGCGUCACCAUGAAGAGUAUUAGGAAUAUCGAGGCGUCGGUGCAACCCAGCAGAGACAGAAAGCAAAAAAUUACCGACCAAAUCGCCCAGCUCAAGUACAAAGAGCCCAACUCCCCGCGCAUCGUCGUUCUCGAACAGGAACUCGUCCGCGCCGAAGCCGAGUCGCUCGUCGCCGAAGCCCAGCUCUCCAACAUAACGCGUGAGAAGAUCAAGGCCGCCUACACCUACCAGUUCGACGCCCUGCGUGAGCACUGCGAAAAAGUCGCCAUCAUUGCCGGCUACGGCAAGCACCUCUUGGAACUCAUCGACGAUACCCCCGUCACCCCAGGCGAAACCCGCCCCGCUUACGACGGCUACGAAGCCUCCAAGGCCAUCAUCCAGGACUGCGAGGACUCCCUUACCAACUGGGUCACGCAAAACGCGGCCGUUUCAGCAAAGCUUUCCACUCGCUCGAGGACGCUGAGCCAGCGCAGGAGGAACAACAUCAAGGCGAGGACGGAGGGUGGCGCAGGACAGGGACAUGACUUGUCGGGCCAGGACGCCCCGCUUAACGAUCGUGACUCGUGGGUGCCGGCGAAUCAGCACAAGGAGGUGGCGGAUUAUGAGGUGUCGGAGGAAGAGGAGGACGAUGAUGAGGAUGAGGAAGAUGAUAUUCAUGCAUCGGGCAGCCACUCCAUGCUGGACGGCGAGAGCGAACAGCAUCAGCGCGGGAGGAACACUGAGCCUGUUGCUGCCUAGACAAGGACGGUGAUACGGUGAUGAGUGCUAGGGGCGCGUGUCUGCGGGCACCCUACUGGUGGUACACACGAAAGUCGGCAACAGCAGUAAAGUCUCAAACACAAACCGAACAAACAGAAAAACUACAUGAACCUGGAGCUAGGAUGGGAUGGGACGGGAUGGGAUGGCAGGAUUCCUUCAGCGACACUCUUUAUACCUCUACUUUUCUUGGUCUGUCUGUCUGAACCUGAGAUGGAAAGGACAGACUGCGCGCAGGCAGGUUAUUAGUCUGCAUAAUUGGUAAUGAUAAGGUUUUAAGUUGGGUUUCUGGAUCGGAUGGUACAAAUCAAAGUGAGAUGAUACCUCGGGGGGAAGCCAUGGGAAGAAAGAACGAGAACAAGAUUAGUUAAUGAUUGCGCUAUGGUUAUGCUUAUUCCUAGGCGGUAGCUUUUAUCGUGUACCAUUUUUCCCAGUUUC